CAGGAGGGGGGGUCGCGCGCGGGCGCGUGCCGCCGCCAUCAUGCAGCGCCGGGUGUUCGUGGUGGGCGUCGGUAUGACCAAGUUCACAAAGCCUGAUGAGAAGAGCGUUGAUUAUCCUGACAUGGCUAAGGAGGCAGGCCAGAAGGCUUUAGCUGAUGCUGGGAUUCCUUAUUCAGAGGUGGAGCAGGCAUGUGUGGGUUAUGUUUAUGGUGACUCAACCUCUGGACAACGGGCUAUCUAUCACAGUUUGGGUUUAACUGGCAUUCCUAUCACUAAUGUUAACAACAACUGUGCUACUGGAUCAACUGCUUUGUUCAUGGCCAGACAACUAGUAGAAGGAGGUUUGGCAAACUGUGUUCUGGCACUUGGCUUUGAGAGGAUGGCAAAAGGAUCCCUUGCUUCAGGUGCAUUUUCAGACAGAACUAACCCAAUUGACAAACAUUUGGAAAUUAUGAUAAAUAAAUAUGGCUUAGCAAGUGCUCCAGUAGCACCGCAGAUGUUUGCAAAUGCUGGAAAAGAACAUAUGGAGAAAUAUGGGACAAAUCCAGAAUACUUUGCAAAAAUUGCAUGGAAGAAUCAUAGCCAUUCAACUAAUAACCCGUAUUCCCAGUUCCAAAAAGAGUACACAUUAGAUGAAGUUCUGCAUUCUCGCAAAAUUUUUGAUUACUUGACUGUCUUACAGUGUUGUCCGACAUCAAAUGGUGCUGCAGCUGCAGUUUUGGCUAGUGAGGAGUUUGUGAAAAGGCAUAAGUUGCAGUCAAAAGCUGUGGAAAUUCUAGCCCAGGUGAUGGUUACUGAUUAUCCAAGCACAUUUGAAGAAAACAGUUGUAUGAAGAUGGUUGGUUACGAUAUGACUAAAAAAGCUGCAGAGAAAUGUUUUGAAAAAGCAGGCCUAAAACCAACAGAUGUUGAUGUGAUAGAACUUCAUGACUGUUUCUCAGUUAAUGAGUUCAUUACCUACGAAGCUCUGGGACUCUGUCCAGAAGGAAGAGCAUGUGACCUGAUUGACAGAGGAGACAACACUUACGGAGGAAAAUGGGUUAUUAAUCCUAGUGGUGGCUUGAUUUCAAAGGGACAUCCACUUGGUGCUACAGGCCUGGCGCAGUGCGCCGAACUCUGCUGGCAGCUGCGAGGUCUGGCCGGGAGGAGGCAGGUCCCCGGGGCAAAGGUCGCGCUGCAGCACAACCUGGGCAUCGGCGGGGCCGCGGUGGUGACCCUCUACGGCAUGGGCUUCCCCGGAGCCGCCAGCACCGGCCGUAUUGUGGCUGUGCCUCUCAGUGCAGCUGUUGAAGGAUUUAAGUCACAUUUGGUCUUCCAAGAGAUUGAAAAGAAGCUCCAAGAGGAAGGAGAGCAAUAUGUCAAGAAAAUUGGUGGAGUCUUUGCUUUCAAAAUAAAAGAUGGUCCUGGUGGGAAAGAAGCAACUUGGAUAGUAGAUGUGAAAAAUGGUAAAGGUUCUGUGGCAGUUAAUUCAGAUAAGAAGGCGGAUUGUACAAUUACAAUGGCUGACACUGAUCUGUUAGCUCUCAUGACUGGCAAAAUGAAUCCUCAGACAGCAUUCUUUCAAGGCAAAUUGAAGGUUUCUGGGAACAUGGGCAUGGCAAUGAAACUUCAGAAUCUACAACUUCAGCCAGGCAAAGCUAAACUUUGAGCUCAUUAAACAGUCAGUACUUGAUAUUCUUGACAAAAAAGUAGAAUGAAACUAGGCAUUAUCAACAGUAUGGCACAGGCUGGGUUUGAUUGGACAUCUCUCACCUAAAUUCUGUGGUUAGAGACCUUAAUUCUCUUAAUAAAUUCCAUCAGUUUCUCUAUGGCAAAGAUUUUUAGGCUAAGCUUGAAGCACUAACUCUUACAAAUGGUAUAUGGUGGGUAUUUGUGACAAUUUUUGUUUUAAUAAAUACGAAAAAUUCUACAGAACUUAGAGCUGAAUGAGGCUACUUGCUGUUGUUCAGGUUAGUUGGGAAGAGAGUGAGAAAGGUUAUAAAUAGUUUGACAUAUCAAUUAAAUGAGUUGCAUUUUUUUAAAAGCUGUAAUAGCAAGUCAUACAAAUGCUUUCAGACUUCCAUUCUAACAAAUUUGCUGCUGCUUAAAUUAAAGUGGUCUUAUAAAGGGGAUCUCUGACAACAUUUUUUUUAGAAUAGGCUUUAGGAAUUUGCUAUAAAAUACUUUUCUUAUUACUACUUUGGAAUUAAAAAAUAAACAAAAUCUCCAGAAGUAAGUAGGAACUAGAAUAUUGCUUUGAGAUUCACAGGAUUUGAUAAUACUUCACCUUGAAAAAAUUAGGUUCGCCAGGAGAGCAGAGAGGGAAUAUAACCAACAUUUUAACUGUUUUCUCCUGAGAAAAUCUGGUGUUGAUCAUUAUGAAAUUCUUAUCAGUAAUGUAAAUGCUUUAACUGGUGUUUUGGGAAAAUGUAUUCUGGUUGGAAGUUUAAUAGAAAAUUAAAUAUACUUUUCCUGUU